UCUUCAAGAGACGACCCCAACCUCUGCAGUGAGGCGCGCACACUCAUCCAAACCAAUAAUGUGAAAAUCCGACGGAAACGCUUGUCAGAUGUUUAAACUUAUCAUCGCUUCAUUGCACUUUAGUGUCGGUUAUUUUCAACCCUAUCACACAGUUUCCAGUCAAUAGGCUAUCCACAAGGAUACCUGGAGUGAGAUGCGGCAAUGUCCCGAGGAGUAUGCCCACGCGUAAACUCUUGCAGGUCCUUGUGGAUUUUGUCAGCGGUCGUAUUUGCGGUGAAUGUGAUCGAGGUGGACGCAUACAGCUGUCAUGAAGUGAGGACCGCUUUUCAGCUGCGGCAGAUCGGGCCGCUGCACCGCGUCCCGGAGACACCUGGCACAGAUGUGGACCUCUUGGUGUGUAAGCAUCAGGGUCCAUCCUGCUGUACCCGGAAGAUGGAGGAGAGCUACCAGUUUGCUGUUAAAAGGGAAACUCUUCAGAAUGUCCGCUCCUACAGCUUUGAGCUCAAGUACCUCAUCUCUGGCCACGCUGAGGCCUUCCAGGAUACGUUCCAGUACCUUCUGUCCUUCUCUCAGGGCCAUUUAAGUUCUCUGUUGGAGGGAACCUACUCAUCCCUGUCCCGCCAGGCCCUGCCCCAUGUCAACCAGCUCUUCUCCUCUCUCUCCCUCCACCUCCGGGGUGCCAACAUCUCUGUGGAGGCGGCAGUCCACCGUUUCUUUGACAACCUCUUCCCACUGGUCUACACACGGCUUGUCAAUCCAGGCAUGGAGGGCACUGGUGGGCAGGGCAGCGAGACAGUUGACUGCCUCCGCAUGACUCGGCAGGAUGUCAAUCCCUUUGGGCCUCACCCAGCCACCAUGGCCCAGGAGCUGGCUGGGGCACUGGGUGCUGGGCGACAACUGGGCCUGGCUCUGGAAGAGGGUCUGGAGGUGAUGAAUGCCACUGAGCAUGUGAGCCUCAGCAGAGAGUGUGUGAGGGGCCUGGUGAAGAUGGUGUACUGCUCCCACUGCAGGGGCCUGACACUGAUCAAGCCGUGUGUGGGCUACUGUCUUAACGUACUGCGAGGCUGCCUGGCCAGUGUGGCGGAGCUGGACCAGCCCUGGAGGAGGUACACCAGCUUGCUGGAGCAGUUGACUCACGCUGUGGCAGGACAUCACAGCCUGGAGCUGGCCCUGCUUGGGGUCAGAGGUUAUGUCAAUGAAGCCCUGCUCUAUGCGCAGCUCCACGGGCCGCUCAUCACCGCCACGGUGGACAAGGUGUGUGGCCUGUCGACUAGGGAGCCUACCGACAUGCUGCCCACAACCCCAGAGGUCACGAUGUCCACCGUGACAUCACCGGCCCCUCCUUCAUCUGCUCCCCCCUCCCUGCCUCCACCAGAGCAGUUGCUCGGGCAGUUAGCCCACCUGAGGAGCUCCUUCCCCCUGAAACCCUCCAAGAACAAUAAACAUAACAGUCUGAGAAAGAUCUCUAGGGAGUUCCUGAUGUACCUGCAGCGCUACAAGUCCUUCUUUGCGGCGUUGCCAGAGAUGCUGUGCGAAGGGGAGAAUGUGGUGGAUGACUCCACCUGCUGGAGCGGAGAUGAUGUGGUGGAAAGUUAUACUGGCAGAGUGGUAGGAAACGGUCUGCAGGCUCAAAGGCAGAACCCAGAGGUCAAAGUUCGCAGCCCAAACCCCACACUGGCUGAGGUCAAGGACCGGUUGGAGCACUUCAACCAGGAGACCCAGGACAGGUUUCCAGGGCUGGGACAGAGGGAGGCCUGGGAGGAGCUGGGCAGUGGUGAAACAGAAGAGGGGAGCACCACAGAAUGUGAUGAUGAAGAUGGAUGUCAGGCCUCUGGGGACGGCAAAGACAAGAUCCCACACACAGAGGUGUCCAGUGAUGGGAAGCCCACAGGGAGACAGCCUGGAGGUGACCGUCCACAUGAGAACCCUCAAAAGCCCCCGGUGGUGAGGGUUAGAGGAAGCUCGCCGCCUGCCAGCCUGGCCCAACCCUGGAGCCUUGCCCUGCUCCUUGCUGCACUGGGCCUGCAGUGGACCCUGUUUUGACGUUAGCACCCACUAUUACGCCCCUUUCCCUCCCCCUUGAUGCCACACACACACACACACACACACACACACACACGUUUAUCAUAAAACACAUAGUAUCCUAACUCCUGUCCUCAACGCACAUGGAUGGAUCGAUGAAAAAUGAGGAGAACAGAAUGCAGAGGAGGACUGGGUGUGGAGGAGAUGAGGACAAUAACAUAGGAGACUGUGGGCGGCGGCUCUUGCGGGGACUUGUUGUCCUGCAUCAUCAUUGUGUGUGUGUGUUUGAAGAAGCCGAACCCACACACACUCAUUCACCCAGAUUGUCACUAGGCCUGCUGUUUCCUCUGGGCUGCUCUGUAUAUGUUACGGGCUGGGCGUGUGUGUAUAGAGACACUAAUACAGCCCUACCACUCUUUGCUUCUCUCUCUCACACACACACCCUCUCUGGGAUGGGUUACAAAGCAGGACUGCAUUGUUCAGGUUUUUACUUACCUACGCUUACACACACUCCAAAAAACACACAGAACCUCACACACACACAAGCACACAAAGUCCAUAUCCAAACACAUUUUAGGUAUACAAACACAGCUGUCUUCCUUUCUCUGCUGAUGGUUUUUACUUACCCUUUCUGGCUAAAACCUCAUUUUGCCUGUUGCGCCAGUUGCCUACCAGCCAGCAGAGUUCAGCUUGUUUGAAAUCUGUCAGCUCACAUUAUUUUCUUUCCAAGGAUUAAGGAAUGCAUGAUAGAUUGAUAGAUCAAUCCCAGCUGCCCGGCCCAGAAUAGCAGAUUUGAUAAGCUCUUACGAUUGCGUACCUCAGCUGAGAUUAGAAUGUAAUGUUUCCAUGUGUAGCGAACGGGCGCACAAGCACGGCUGAGCAGAUAGUACAAACAAACGUAGGUGUGUAUAGUAUGCAAAUGUAUAUAGGCGGAGAGAUUCGAAGCAGUAUAUGAGGUUAUGAUUCUCUAAAACCUCAUCCAACAAAAAGCUCUUUGCCAAUAGGGCUGAAUGGAUUCCUGUUUGAUGUCCCCUCAAUUGAAGCUUUGAAUGAAGAGUGCUUGUCUGCUGCAAAAAAAACAA